GGGGGGACACCUGAAAUCUGUAUAUAUAAACACACCAUCUUAACUAUAUCUCAAGAAGUUUUCCACAGGACUCAACUUCUACUGCAUCUGACUUGAAAAAGAGAUUUAUAGAAAUUUCAGCAUGGGUCUAAUCAGUAUCUUACUGAUUACCAUCUGUUUUGCCUCUGUUUUCGGCACUGGCGAUUCCCCUCUUUCUCCAGAGGAGAGAAAAGCCAUCCAAGAAAAUCUUGACAAGUUGCAGCUGAUUAAGGAUUUUAUGAAAGCAAUAUUUGAAUCUGACAAAAUAGAAAAAAGGGCCGAAGACAAGAAAGAAGAGUGUCUUCCCAUUGGGGCCGAGUGCAAUUUUUGGACUGGACCCAACUGCUGCUCGAUCAGAACAAGGUGCAAUGUUUUUGACAGACUAGAAAAUGGAGGUACUCCACGCGCCAGAUGGAGGUCUGCCUGCAGAGAAUACAACGGUGGAGUCUGGUUGGAUGAAAUUUACAAUUUUUUCAAGAACCUCGGUUAAAGUGGGUUGCAGGUGAAAAAAGAUUACAAUGUGAUCAUUAAAUGUUGCAUAUGUUGUGAAAGAUUAGCAUUAAUAGUACAAUAAAAUU